AUGAAAUCUAAAUUGUGUUUCAGAAUCUCACUGUUAUGUUGUGGACUUUCAAACUCUCAGAGCGGACGUUUUCAAGUUACUUCAUUCCAGAACUCAUCAGGCUUAUACUUUGAAGCAAUGGGACCUCUUCGCAUAUCUUACACAAAUUGGGAUUUCAUCACUUACGUAAAUCUGACAACUUAUUACAUGAAGUACCAAAUACUCCAGAAAUUCCAUUAUCAAACGGGAGACGUUUGUAUUCAACUGAAAAAAAGAGAGGACUCGAUCUUAACUAGUGCGUGUACGGAUUUCAUACAAUCCACGUUUCCGUUCAUGCAAGAAAUUGAAUCAAAUUUCAAUUCUGUCAUACGAAUCCUUGGGUCAAACCACAGAACUUCUGAACAUCCAAAUCGACAACCCCGCGGGUUGAUAAAUGCAAAAAACAUUGAAGAUCUAGCACAUUCCGAGGAUAAACAUGUUCAUCUAUCACAGGAACAAAUACGCAUAGUCUCUUCAGUCAUGAAUAAUGUUAAUUCUACCAUGCAUGAACUACUAGCAGAUGAUCAAAAAUUGCAGAAAAAUAUAAACAAAAUAGAAGAACAAUCCAGGCGUUCUGUGGCAACAAUCAAUAUAUUGGAAAUACAAAACACCUCCCUGGAGCACACUGCAAUAUUGACAGUUUUUCUAAACCAAUUCCCUUGGAAAACUCAAAACCUGCAAUCCAUUGUCAACUCAGCAUUAAAUGGAUUGAUGCAUACAAAUGUCUACCCCCCAUCUCAAUUGAUUCACGAACUUAAACAAAUACAACUGACAUUACCGUCUACACUAGAGCUACCUAUAACUGAAUCUCAUUUAUCAAUUCCUGAAUUAUUCAGAACAUCCAAGUUAAGCGUAGUGUACAUCCAACAGAAUCUCGUAUUUGUGACCCGAGGACAUAAUAAAUCAUCACAGACCUUAAACACUCUUGAAUGUUAUCAUCCCAGUCUUGAUAGAUGGAGUCCAGUCACAAAAAUGUCUGUAUGUCGCGAUGGUGUUGGAGUAGGUGUUUUAGACGGUGUACUGUAUGCUGUGAGUGGUAAAGAUGGAUCAAAAACUCUAAGUAGUGUUAAAGCAUACAGACCAAGUACGGGAGUUUGGAGCACUAUUUUGGACAUGCUUAAGCCUCAAAGGUAA